AUGGCUCGGAACAACUGUACUCAGGUGACAGAGUUUGUUCUUGUGGGUCUCACGGAUCGUCAGGUGUUGAAGAUGCCCCUCUUUGUGGUAUUCUUAUCCAUCUACCUUUUCACAGUGGUGGGCAACCUGGGCUUGAUCCUAGUCAUUAGAACAGAUGCAAGACUCAAUACACCGAUGUAUUUCUUCCUUAGCAACCUGGCUUUUGUUGAUUUCUGCUAUACUUCUGUCAUUACACCCAAAAUGCUUGGGAAUUUCUUGUACAAACAAAAUGUUAUAUCCUUCAAUGCUUGUGCGGCUCAAUUAGGCUGCUUUCUCACCUUCAUGGUUUCAGAGUGCUUGUUGUUGGCCUCCAUGGCUUAUGAUAGAUACGUGGCCAUUUGUAACCCCCUCUUUUACAUGAUAACAAUGUCUCCAGGAACCUGCGUUCAGCUUGUAGCUGCCCCCUAUAGCUACAGCCUCCUGAUGGCACUGUUUCAUACUACCCUCACCUUUCGCCUGUGCUAUUGUCACUCUAAUACUGUCAAUCAUUUCUACUGUGAUGACAUGCCCCUCCUCCGGCUAACAUGCUCAGACACUCACUCCAAACAACUCUGGAUUUUGACCUGUGCUGGAAUCACAUUCAUUUCCUCUGUGCUGAUUGUUUUUGUUUCUUACAUGUUCAUUAUUUUUGCCAUCCUGAGGAUGCGCUCAGCUGAGGGGAGGCGGAAAGCCUUCUCUACGUGUAGCUCCCACAUGCUGGCGGUCACCAUAUUCUAUGGGACUCUGAUCUUCAUGUAUUUACAGCCCAGUUCUAAACAUUCUCUAGACACAGAUAAGAUGGCCUCUGUCUUCUACACAGUGAUCAUCCCCAUGUUGAACCCCUUGAUCUACAGUCUCCGCAACAAGGAUGUGAAGGAGGCCCUCAAGAAAAUCCUCAUCCAUGGAAACAAGACUUUUGUGUUGGUGAAGUUAAGAAAAUGA